AUGUCAUUAUAUAACAAUUCAAAUGAUGGUAUUGGUAAUGGCUUCAACAAGAUUGAGCAAUCCUCGAAAGACAGGCACAUACUGGAUGAUCAAGAUGAUCCCUUUGGGAAAAUAUGGUUUAUCCAAGAGCUCAAGGCCAGACCGGGUCAAGAAGCAGAAUCAUACACCAGAAAUAGAACUAUCAGACCACCUCCUGAGUUGACGCAAGAAUCUGACAAUUUCAAUUAUGAUCCUACCAAGGUACUCGAGUGGACUGGUACUGUCGCCGGUUCAGAUACUGUCAGCGGACGUGGACAACAAGAUGAUCACUUUGCCGUCAUUACUGAGUCGAAUGCCUCUGAGCAUCCCACACACGAUAGAGGUCAUCAGAUGGGACUAAACACAUCCAUCUCGACUACCGAAGAGGAGCAAUCAACCACUGAGAAAAGUAAACCACCUCACGGAGCCAAAGUCAAGUCAAGUCCAAGUGCAGAUCAAGAAGAAAUCAAGCAAGGUUCAGUAAUGCCUCUGUCCGCAAGCGAAACUGAGACCAAGACCUCGGUUUCGAUCGUGUCGCAAUCAUCGGAAAGGCCUCGUGCUUGGGCCUCAUUAUUCCAAUCGACCGUAGCUCCGUGUGCUGCGUCCACGGCAGGUACUUCUGCACCUGCGCCCGUAGAGACUUCAUCAGCAUCUGGUGUAUGUUUGGCCAAGGAAGCGGCACGUAUAAGUAAUGAUACUCAGCCCGAAGAGGUAGAGAAAAUUGAAGAUGCAGGAGGAGAAUUCAUAACUGUCAUACGGGUUAAGAGACAAUCUCGAAAAUCGACUGAUCGACAAGACAAGGUGGUCCGAUACGCGGCAGAGGACAGCAGACCUGAAGUAUACUCGUACGACGAAAUUGAUGCACGACCAAAAGACAAAGUGGUUUGUGGUUCAGAGAAAUGGGAUCUGGAUACCAAGACUCAUUGGGGAAGAGGAUUCCGAUAA